GGAAAGCCAGGGAUGGAUAGGGCCGGGGGGGAGCUGCCGAGCUAAGUGGGGGUGAGGUGGGAAGUCCCCUCCACACCCAUCCUUUGGAUGUAAUCUGAAGGAGCCAGGGACUGCUGGGACCUUCAACCUUGCCCUUUUGUCUUCCACCCUUCUCUUAGAACCCUGCUCCUGGGCUUCCCUCUCUUCCAGUUCCUGUCCUGGGUGUUCUUUUCACAGGCCUCUCUGGCCGCUGCUUUGUAUCUGGGUUUUUCAUGCUUUUGUAGAACUGAGGUUUCAAUAAAGUUUCAGUUGCAUGGCCUGGACUCUUCCUUCUGCGACAGCCGCCGGAAGGCCUUUCUUCCCCAUAUCUGCCUUCUAAGCCUCCCUACUUCCUGAUCCCAUCAUCUUGCAACUCAUUCUCUGAGCCCCAUCUCAGAACUUCCCAGUAUUUGAUAGUCACAGGCUCCCAUUUCAAACUUCCCUUUGUCCCUGCUCCUAGCACCCGGGGGUAACUAGCGCUGCUGGACUUGGGUGCUGUGGGGGACAGAUAGUGACUCUACCAUCCCUAGUGUUGGCCUUGUGUGUCCCAAGUUCUGGGUGAGCACCACCCUUGUGGAUUCGGAAGUACAUCUUGUGGAGAGAGGCCACACCAUGUAUCCAGCAGAGCCCAUCAGCUUCUUGUCAAACCCUGAGGACACGUCUCGAUCCUGACUCUGUCUGGUCUGACACGUCGUGAUAGUAUUAAGAGCAGUCCAAGGCUAGGUCAUCAUUGGAAGAAGGAAAACUGCUCUGGGCAGCUGGACUGAGGGUAUUUGGGACUGCUUAAGAAGAUCCACAGCAGGGGUGGUACUGCCCCCCUAGUGGACAUUCACGGGGCAUUUUUUGAUGAAUGCAAAAAUGUGAAGGGAUGCCACCUGGCAUUUAGCCGGACUGGGCCGGGCGCUAGCCAUCCUGAAAUGCUCAGAACCCUCCUCGUUAGGAAGAAUGCCAAAAACUUUGGAACGACUGGCUAAACAUCACAUAGGAUAAGCCUGUUUAUCUGAGUCUAGAACUAACUUUUCACAUGUAAACAUGAAGUUGAUUUUGCACAUUUUGAAAAAGACUCAGUUUCCUAGGAAUGUAAAUUAAAACUUACUUUGCUUUGUUCAGCUCUUUGCCAUGAACUUGUUCAUUAUUUUGGAGCAUCAGGUCACCAAUGGCAGCACUGUCUGGUACAUGAGUUGCCAGGAAAACACCAGUGUCAGUUGGCAUCUUAGCCACCACAUUCAUAGUGAUUCUGCACAUGGGUGUGGGGACUGGACCACUUCUUGUCUGGUUUAGCUGAGCCCAACCUUUCACGUAAUGAAAUACCUGUUACUAUAAAUUACUUUUAUUUCUCAUUUAUAGUACAGUGAGGACAUUAUAUAAAUGACACGCAUAACAACAUGCGUGUCAUUCAUUAUCCAUGCAUUUCCUUUUGAAGUAGUCUGAGGCCUUGACCAUGAAAGAGUUGAGGACAGCAGUGUACUCAUGAUGGUUCCAAAUUGCAGUGGUGAGGAUGGAAUACAGUCUGAAAUCUCCCCAGGUUAUUUUCUAGGUCUUUCCACCCAUCCUAUCCUGCUUUACAGAGCCUGGAACGGGGAGCUAAAUGGUGAUUCUUGGGGGAGGGGUCCAGAACACAGCUUCCCGGUUAAUGGGUGAUGGAAUUUGCACAAGAGCUGGGCAAAGGUGAAAGGGCCUUGUCCUGCCCCAAAUCCCUCAUUCCUUCGCUCUGCUUCAUUGACACCCCCACCUCCUCCCCACUCCAGGUAGCUAAACUUCACCCAAACUCUGACCUCUUACUCUUUCUAUUUAACUCUGGCCCAGGGCAGUCAACACAAGACAAAAGGCAGGACAGCAUGAGCCGAUCACACCCCCAUCCCAUCCAAGUCCGAUCUGUGGGUUUUCGGGAUGCCUUGGCUCCCCUGCCACCGCCACCUGCUAUCCAAAAUCCUUCCUCCCACUCUUGGGCCUCUCUAUGUGGGCCCCCUCCCUGGGGCCUCUGCUGUCUUCUGGCUCUGCAGCAUAUCUUGGUUCUGGGCUCUCUGCUCUGUGCCUCCCAUCUGCUCCUGUUUCAAAGUCUCCCCCCAGGAGGAAUGUCUUACUCCCCUGCCCAGCUCCUGGCCUCCAGCCUCUUUUCGUGUGGUGUGUCUACCACCCUGCAAACUUGGAUGGGCAGCAGGCUGCCUCUUGUCCAGGCUCCAUCCUUUGAGUUCCUUGUACCUGCUCUGGUGCUGACCAGCCAGAAGCUACCUGUGGCCAUCCAGACACCUGGAAACUCUUCUCUCAUACUACAACUGUGUGAGGAGCCUGGUUGCCACGGCUUGGAACUCUGGAACUCUUCUCUCCGAGAGGUGUCUGGGGCAGUGGUGGUGUCCGGGCUGCUGCAGGGCACGUUGGGGCUUUUGGGGACUCCUGGCCACAUAUUCCCCCACUGUGGGCCCCUGGUGCUGGCUCCCAUCCUGGUUGUGUCGGGGCUCUCUGCCCACAGGGAGGUGGCCCUGUUCUGCGCCACGCACUGGGGCCUGGCCUUGCUGCUUAUCCUGCUCAUGGUGGUCUGCUCUCAGCACCUGGGCUCCUGCCAGCUACCCCCAUGCCCCCGGAGGCCAGCUUCAACCUUUUUAACCUGCACUCAUAUCCCUACCUUCCGACUCCUCUCGGUGCUGGUCCCAGUGGCCUGUGUGUGGAUCAUCUCUGCCCUUCUGGGUCUCAGCGUCAUCCCCAGGGGGAUGUCUGCUGCCACGGAGGCACCAUGGUUUUGGCUGCCUCACCCAGCUGAGUGGGACUGGCCCUUGCUGACGCCCCGGGCUCUGGCUGCAGGCAUCUCCAUGGCCUUGGCAGCCUCCGCCAGCUCCCUGGGCUGCUACGCCCUGUGUGGCUCGCUGCUGCAUUUGCCUUCUCCACCUCCACAUGCCUGCAGUCGAGGGCUGGGCCUGGAGGGCCUGGGCAGUGUGCUGGCCGGGUUGUUGGGGAGCUCCAUGGGCACGGCGUCCAGCUUCCCCAACGUGGGCACAGUGAGUCUUAUCCAGAUGGAGGAACUGGAGCAAGGCCUGUUGAAGAAGCCAUGGGCAUGGCUACAGCUUGACAAGAACUCCCUGUUGGCCAAGGCUUAUAUCACCAAGCAGGGGUAUGCCUUGCUGAUUUCAGAUCUUCAAAGAGUGUGGCAUGAACAGGUGGACACUAGUGUGGUCAGCCAGCGAGCCAAGGAGUUGAACAAGCGCCUGACUGCUCCCCCUGAGGCCUUUCUCUGUCAUUUGGGUGAUCUGCUUCGCCCGCUGUUUAACGACAUUGCUUGCCCUGGCAAAGCAACCUUCUCCUGUGAUCAUGUGGCAGAGGCACUGAUACUACGGGUGCGAAGUGAACUCUCCGGUCUCCCCUUCUAUUGGAAUUUCCACUGCAUCCUAGCCAGUCCUUCCCUGGUCUCCCAACAUUUGAUUCGUCCUCUGAUGGGCAUGAGCCUGGCGUUGCAGUGCCAAGUGAGGGAUCUCGCAACCUUGCUUCAUAUGAAAGAUCUAGAGAUCCAGGACUACCAGGAGAGUGGGGCUACACUGAGCCGAGGUCGGUUGAAGACAGAGCCGUUUGAAGAAAAUUCCUUCUUGGAACAAUUUAUGGUAGAGAAACUACCAGAGGCAUGCAGUGUUGGUGAUGGAAGACACUUUGUCACAGAUCUACAGAAUCUAUAUAUGGCAGUCACUGGACAAGAGGUCCAAGUGAGGCAGAAACAUCAAGGUACUGGAGAUCCUGGGACCUCAAGCAGCGCCUCCCCACCAGGAACUGAUGGCCAACUUCUGAACCAGCCAGAAGAGCCGGUUUCCUCAGCACCAUCCCUCCCAGUGCCUGAGAAAGAGGCCACAGGUCCUUCAGACUCCGUGCAGAGACCUCAGCUAUCCAAGGUCAAGAGGAAGAAGCUAAGGGGGCUCUUCAAUUAACUUGUCACUGUCUCAACUGCUGAGGAUGGACUUGGAGAAUAGUGCCCCCUUGAAGGAGCUCCAGUGGCGGCAAUAGCUCUGACACAAUCAUACAGUCAGAGGCAAGACGACUGAAGUUCACAUUGACAAGGCCACCUGAAUGGGUCCUGUUAACCAAGGGGAUCCUGGCUCCAACCCGUCAGGCAUUGGCCUUCCCCUGUCCGAGCUGAAGCCGGUCUCUGCAAAUCCCAUACACUCCUCUUCUGUGGUGGAGGUUCUCUAGACCCUGGACGCUACCAUGGACUCUAGGUGCAGAGGGCAAGUCAGCAAAAAGGCACAACAUGCUUGGGAAGCAUUGCCUACCUUUCUCAAGAGUCCCUAGCCAGUCCCAGGUGCUCCUCAGAGACCCACUUCUCUCUUCAGCAUGUUAUAAAACCCACUCAUACUCCCCUGCUUUUGAGAGUACUUAUUCUGUGGAACAUGUAACCCACUUCACUUUACGGUGUCCCUGCCCACUUGUCUCUGGAUGAAAUCUAGGCCCUCAGUUCAGUCCCUCAGGUUCUUCUUAUGCUUCUCUGCUGUGGCCUGUGCUCAGCCUCCAUGUGGGAACUUUGGUCUGGAGAACUCUGUCCAUGGUGGGCACGAGGCAGAACAGAUGGCGGCUGCUCUCCUUUGCCCAACUGGAUGUGAGUUUUUGGUCUGUUUCCAAGCCAUAGACAAUAGGUUAAACCACAAUAUGGGAUUGAAAUUACAAAGAGCUCCAAGCACCAGGGCCAAGGUAGUUAGCUUCCCACUGGAGUGGGAGAAAAAGGAAUUUUACUUUCCCAUCCUUCACUCCACUUCAAAUAACACAGUAACUAGAAGAGCUAGGAAAGGUAGGAUGACAGGGAACAGGAAAUGGCCACAGGAGUUCUCUGGGACAACAGAAUUGGCCUAUAAAACGCAUAGUGCUUAGCAAGAAAAAAUAUAAAGGCUGGGUGAGAUAGGCAGAACCUUAGACAUUUAGAAAGUCAACUCUUUGGACACAUCUAGCGAUAUUUAGCGGACCAGGAUUGGCAAAGUUCCUUGGCCUUCUCUCUAGGUUUUCCUAUACAGGUAAGACCAUAUGAAACUUCACCUUGGAGAGACAGGAAGGAAAGUAGAACUCACAUGUUAACUGGGGGCUGUUAGGUAGAGGACGGGGUCAGGGGCAGAACCCACAGAGGUUUUUUCUGGUUUAUUUAUCUCUGAUGGUCAAAUGCUUCCUCGUUCUCAUAUCCUCUCUAGCUGGGAGUGGUGUUUUUGUACUCAUGUCAAGUCAUGGGAGAGUGGACGAUCCAAGCAAUAAUAAAAUAAUAGUGAUUAUAAUAAAAUAAUAAUAGCAUUUAUCGAGCAUUUAAUGUGUAUCAGGUACUCUAAUAAGUGCCUGACAUCGAAUCCUCACAGCAUCAUAUGAGGACGCUACUGUUAACCCCCUGGGAAAUGGAGACUGGAAGUGAUUAAGUGACUCAUCACAGGUUACACAGCUAAUACGGAACAGUCAGGAUUUGAACGCAGACAGCUGAGUUGUUAACUGCAUUAUUCUAUACAUCAUUGAAAACAUUUUCCAGGAAGGAUGUCAGGUCCUUCUUUCCUGUCUUCCACUGUUCCAUUCUUCUCCUCUGACCCUGCUUCCUUUUAAUAGAUUCUUAUUCCUCAUGGGUUCUUCAAGACAGGAGUCUUGAGGACUCAGGACUUGCCCCGUGCCUUUACCUGCUGGCAGGGCCUGAGAGCUCCCCCGGGGUUCAUUCCCCAUUGCUGCUGAUAACUCUCUCUACCUCCAGACCACAGUGUCCCAUUGGCACGCCUGUAGUUGUACCUAUCACUGAAGUGAAUUGGGAACCAAGUAGAAACAACCUGUAAAUGGCUCACUUUGUUCUUUAGUUUCUUUCUGGCAUAAUUUAGAUAGCUAGAUUUUGGGAUCUAUAGGAUAUAGGACCACAUGGAAAAUGGAAAGACUUUCCCAGCAAGCUGGGAGAAAAUCCGGGUUCUUCACUCUGGAUAAUCCCUCUGCCCUAAGAGCACAGUCUCCAGAACAGGACUUUUUAAUUAUAGGGGGAUAAGGAGUUGUGAAUCCCCCAAAUUAUAAGUGAAACCCUAAGAGCAUAACUUUUUCCAUGUUCUCAAAAGAAUGUGUACUUUCAAAAAAGGUUAAGGAAGAAUAUGCCUAAUGACCUCCCCGCCCAUUGCCCACUCUACCCCAAAGGUUGCUGUCUCCAUGGGGAUAUUGCCCAAACACGUCCUUCCAUAAACAUUGCCUGCAGAGGCCCUGCCUCAGGCAUUCUUGCCCUGAAGCUCUUACCCCCCAAAGCUAGGGGUAGUGGCUGAGAAUCAUUUGUCCCAGGGCAACUCCAGGGAAAUCCCUGCCUUGACAAAUUGGCCAAGCCAGGCUGUAUUCCAGCCCUGCCCCCUGGUUUGGGCCCCUCCCUGAGGCCCCCAGCCUGGCCCAACCCCCACUCCACAUGCACAUAAAAGGGUCGAAUUCUCGUGGCUGCUCCAUAAAUUUUAUUCCGUAAAUAUUAGUUUUCCCUGUGUUUAAUAAAGCAGUGGCCCACCUCCCCGCCUACCCGCCCGCUCCCCGGGGCCGGGGCUGGGGCCAGGGCUGGCUGGUGGGAGAAGGGACUCUUUCAAUUGCUUUGGAGUAUUUUUAGAAAAAAAAAUAAUAUAAGGUGGUUUACACGAGCAAGCCAGCAAACCAGGAGCAGGAGUAAGGACCUCGAGGAAGUUCCUGCAGGAACUGGACCUAAAAAGUAGAGAAAUAGCGCCACCUAGGCUGCAAGACCUACUUGUCCUGGCUGGCGGGCUCACCCCUCCCCCACAGUCAGCUACGUAGGACAGGCCAGCUCUUUGCUGGAAGAGAAAGCUUCAUCCCUUAGCUCUCCAGCUGGGCAGUACCUCCUUUACUCAGGCCUCACGGAGGGCUUUCCCAGCAGUCGUUGAAGGCAGAGUCCGAGCUGGGUCUUGGAAAAUCCCACUGGGGUCAUUUUCUCCUGUCACCAGGUAGCCAAUCUCCCAGAUUAAGGAGUGUUUCCCAAAGGAUAGUAAAGCUAUUGAGAAGGUAGGAAGGAUCCUCUACAGUCUCCGUCUUCACACUGAAUCCUGAGGAGCUAGCCCCGGAAUUCCUAGGGUGUAAUUCUUAGUGGCUAAGUGUGAAAUCUGUGUUCCUUUGCUCUGGACUUGAGAAUCCAUCCCUGUCAGAUCAAGAUCAUCCCACAGGUCUGGGGCAGGUCCCCUACAAUGAGCACUCGGGCAGGAGAGAUGCUCAAAUCUCCUGCGUACUCAGCCUCCUCCUCAAUCGUAUCCUGUGGUACCUUUGGACUCCCUUUUCUGGCCUUCCUAUUCGUUCAGAUCUCCCCAUUUUCCGAAACCCUUACCUCCUCCUUCGUUCCGGUCCCCUGGGAGAUGAGCAGGCGCCCCCGUGUGUGAUUCUCAGUACACAGAUGGCAGGAGGAGCGGGACUAGAAAAGGCGGUGCCUCUUCUGAUUCGGAUUUAAUCUUGCUCUUCACAUGGUCACCGGGGCAUUUUCUUCUCUCCGAUUAUUUUGUCCCUCAUUUUCUCCUAUUGACAAAGCUAGGAAGAUUUGCUCCAAAGAGUAUAGGGGAAACCUAAAACCCUCUUCUCUUACUAACCCCUCCUCAUGCUGUGGGACACACCCUUUGUCAGUUCUGCUUACCCCCUCACUGUUUGUGCUAUUAAUGUACUCUGUGUUUAUAUACACCUUUCCUGUGUGCUUUUUGUUUCCAUCCUUACGUUAUAUUAUACGCCUUGAGGACAGGGUCAGUUUUUAACCCUAAGUCAGAAAAUAUCACUGUGGUUUUGUACUACUAAGGAGUGCAACUCUAUCUUAAGUGGGUAUUGAUACAAUCAGGAUAUGCCUUUCUAAGCUCUGCCCUGAUGUUUUCUUAUGUUCUAAUUUUCCUGAAGAAGAAACUGUUCAAAAGGAGUGAGUGACAUACUGCAAGGAAGGCACCACACUUACAGCUCAAAGCCCUUGGUUUCUAGUCCCAUUACCGACAUCCGUAAAUGUAAGAGCUCACAAUAUUGUAAUGGAUUGUGCCAGGCACUUAGAUACAGAGAGAAACGCCAGAAGGGAAGGGAGCCCACGCUUUGGAGGGAGGGUUUCUUCUAGCUGCUAUGACCUCCUGGAAGCUGCUCCUGAGUAUUCUUGUCAAAGUCUCCUUUUAAUGCUCUAUUUUUCUUCCAUGUUCUCUCCGAGGGCCUCAGAAGAUCCCACCUUGAGAGGGAGGGUAUGGGGUGCCCGUCUGUGUGUGAGCGAGAGGGAAUCCCUCUCUACUUGAGGAGCGACAAACCCAUCUAGCCUCCAUCUUUCAUCCCAGACCCUUUGAGGAAUACUUUUCUUAUCUCCCGAGACUUUGCUUUAUGGUGGCCCUUUAUGCUUCCCCUUGAUUCUUAUGUCUCUACCCUGGCACAUGGGAAUUCAUUAGUUAGCACCAAAACAUUCUAGCAAAGGCUCGGUUCCUCUCCCGAACUGUUAAGUUCUACCCGCACUCAGUUUCUCUAUCCUGGAGCCCAACAGGUUUUUCUGUGCCUUCCACACUCCUGCGUCCUUUGAAUGACUGCUGGCUAGCCUCUCGGCACCUAACUCUCAUGGGUUCCUGAGGAUCUGGGCCAGCCUAGGGGAACCCGGAAGAGGCACUGGAAGAACUCCAGGGUGGGGAGCACACAGCCAUUGACUCACCUGGGAAGAUUGUGCCCAGAUUACUCGUCCUGCUGGGCCAAGGGCCAGGAGUUAAAGGAGCGUGCCGUGCCACACUUUUCCUCCCUCCCCUCACUUUGGGGACAAAAAGGGUUAGAAUUGGGGAGCAAGGCUUGGGGGCUGCUGGGAGUCCCUUCUGAAAUCUGGGUGUUGUAUUUACUUUUUCAUAUUGGCAGCUGGAAGGGGAAGCCCAUCCCAGCUCGGCAUUGUUGUCUAACAUGGUUAAUCAGAUCCUAUAAUCCUGCUGUGGAAAUAUUGGGCCUCACUCAAAACAAUAGAGACCAAGAAUAUUGUGGUUAAAUUUCAACCAACUGCCUCCCUGGCCUGUUUGUCUAACCCCUACCCCCCUCUCCAGGGCCAGAGUCCUCCUUGCUUUAUGGACCCCUGAUAGGAUCGAGAGCAGUCAGAAAUCGGUGACAGGAGAAGGGAAAAUGGAGCAGAGGAAGGGUAAUCCUCUUGACUGGCACUCUGUCUUGCCUUUCCCUCCCACCCCAGGCCUUGAAGGGUGAGCAGAGGGCUGUGAAAGGAGUUGGAGCUGGUGGGGAAGCCCCCGCAAGGUCUGAGUCUCUGUAUAGGGAUUGAGAGCAGCACUGGCUGGGAAUCCUGAUAGGAAACAGAUCCCUUAUUCAAGACAGAAAAAGAUUGCUGCCAGAGGAGAAGGAGAGACCGCCAGUUACAUUCAGUAUGGCUUCCUGGCGCUUCCGGGGCCCAAAGCAAUACCAUUGGUCCUAUGUCACAUGUUGGAGGAACAGGAAGGCACUGGUUAGGGGAAAGGCAGGUGGCAAUAAGGAUUUCUGCUUGAUUAGUAACCUGAUAUAACAGCAAUACAAAUAACAAUGCUCUGGUGAGGUAUAAAGGUGAUGCUAAUACACCCACUUGAGUGGUUUUCUGGUAGUGGUGAUGUCCAUUAUGUUGCUCUCUUUAGUGAAUUAAAUGUGGCAGAAUAAUUUGCAUAAUUAAAAAGUAGCACAGAGGCAGUGUCUGGAUUGCGCUUAAGGGGGAAAUGAACACGGUGAUAUGUUCAGCAAAAGGCAGAGGACAUGCCUCUUGCAAACUGGGGCGCCUGGUUUGUGAAGUGGCCAACUUCGAGUUUAUACCGGGCCGUGAUGCAGCCAGGAGGCACCGGUCACAAGUUGCAGCCACACUGUUUUUUGGAGGUGUCACCAGUCAAUGAGGUGAAGUACAGUGAGGCCCCAGCUCCAGCACCGUGGACUAUUGAAUGGUCAAAGUGUAUGUGCAUUUUUAGAACUUGAAGAAUGAAACAGCAGAACUGUGCCAAACGAAACUAUAUUUACUUAAUCUGUCCAUAUAGGGUGGGGAUGGAGAAACAACAAAGAGCACUGGAUGUUUCUCACCUCGAGUGCUAUGUGAUAAUUCAGGGACUGGCACCUGUGGGUCAUUCAUCAAAGCCAUUUUAAAGCAGGGACUGCUUGGUGGUAGCUGAGCUUCCCACCAGAAAGAUACCUGGAAAAUAGUUCCUGGGAGUGAGACUCUAGUAUGUAUGCUUCUGGAUAGGAAUCUCAAAACUAACUUAAUGGCAGUCAUCAAAUGGAAUGAAAGCAGGUAUGAAACUGACAUCACAAUGAUCUAAAGAUGAUGGAAAACAUUUUAACAGUUAAACAACUUGGAUAACUAGUGGGAAGAGUUCAACGGGAAGUAAGAUCCCCAAAAUGAAGCUGCAGAGAAUGAACCAUACUACUGACCAAGCGGGGGAUGUAAGACGCCAAGUUGGUUGGUUAAACCUUAUACUGUACCUGGGCUUGAACUGCAAAUGGGAACGUCCCACAGGAAAAUCCUAGGUCACAACAAAGGAAUUCAAAGUAAUGGCACAUGUUUGUAGGAAAUGUAUUGGGAAUGAGACUGAAAACCCCAUAUUCAACAAGAAACAGGAAUCAUUAAACAUGCAUUUACUCAAGCCGUAUACACAUAUAUAUCAAAUGCUUACUCACUAGCAUCCCCACCAAUGGGCGUUAUGCCACAUCCAUACAUUAUGGGCAUACAUUAUACACAUGCAUACAUAUGUAUGGCCACAAAGACAUAGUUCCUGCUUUCAGGAAACCUACAAUCUGAAGAUGAUAUUAAAAGGAUAGAU